AUGCGACAGUCCAAAGUCCUCACCACUGUCCUCACCACUGUCGAGCCGUCUUCCGAAACCGAUAUCAACAAAUCCUUCCAGAUCCCGGAGCAGUAUAUGGGCUGGAGGGACGCUAAAUACCACAUCCUGUCUUGUGCCACUUGCUACAAAACUACCCUGCAACAUAACCUCUACCUCAACCGUACCGACUACCGUCCAGGUCGGAGAUUUCCCCAGAAGAACCUUGUGUUGACGUCGAAGAAUCUUAUGGUUCGCGCUUCAGCUGCACCUCGCCGUCAAUCCGAGACAUCGGCUGCUCCGCGAUAUUCCUACACGGCCUUCUGUGAGGUCCCUAAAUCAGCCUUUACACCCAUCGCAAGCGGUCUACCUGUUGAGGAAUUGCACGGAACGACGACAACUGAAUCAAUAUUGGAGACUGCUAGGCCCGAGUUCGUUUUUACAGCACAGGCUCUGGAGCAUCAGAUCAUCCUUUGGACAAACUGGAAAGUCACUGUGGCGACUCCCUCGAAGCAAGAACCUUUCAUCGUCGACAAGCGCCUCAAUUCUACCUCAGUGGAAGAAGAGAGCCUUGCCAUGGAUAUUGGCAACAUUCUUAACGCAAAAGGGAAUGCGGCAGCUGCAGCAGAGGCGCGCAGGCAACAACAACUCGCACAAGCUACCCCCAUGAGCAAUCGAUCUAAUUCUGACAUGGGCUCCGAGCAAGGGUCAAUUUCGAGCCAAACUCAACCACUUCAUCCUUCUUCCAACCCAUCCAACAAAUACCCAUCUCCAAUCCCGACAGCUCCAAUCAUGCAGAUGAUGCCAUCCGUGUUUCAAACAGACGGUCUGCCAGAAAAUGGCUACCCACCGAACGAUGAUUUAAAUGCCCCGAGACCGACCAGCGAUCAGACCAAAAAGGCAUUUGCAUGCAGUCACUGCAAUAAGCUCUUCGCUCGUCGCAGUGAUUUGGCCCGUCAUGAACGCAUUCAUAGUGGUGUGCGGCCGCACGUCUGCGACUGGCCUGGGUGUGGCAAGCAGUUCAUUCAACGAUCUGCUUUGACUGUACAUGCGCGGGUACAUACUGGUGAGAAACCUCAUAUGUGUGAGAGAUGUGGCAAAGUACGUAUUCUCCGACCGGCUUAUCAUUGUGCCUUGUCUAAUAUCAAUCCCCAGCCGUUCAGUGAUUCCAGCUCUCUGGCUCGACAUCGACGAAUUCAUUCCGGGAAGCGACCUUACAAAUGUCCCUAUGCCAACUGUCAGAAAACCUUUACCCGACGCACUACUCUGACUCGACAUCAAAAUCACCACACCGGGACGAUCGAAGAAGCUGCUGCAGAGACCACUGCAAAGCUAUCCACGACCAAGCCAACCACAAACCAACCUACAGCUGGAGCAUUUUCUGAUACGGUCUCGGCACAUUCGACACCUUCGCCAUCCCAAAGACCAGUCUCAAUGUCGCCAAGCAACGAGCUACCGCCACUACCCAAUCUACAUCAACGGCCAUCUGAGCUGGGCUACCUGCAGCCAAAUGGUUCCUUUCCUCCACACCUUCGUCAUGACUUUCAGCAACAGUCGCCGCGAUCGUCUCCGAGCAUGGCUUCGGUGGCACUAGCAGGGAGCUUUAAUAAUAUACCUCAGCAUCGUCCGUCUUUGACAUCUCACCCACCCGGCUAUGGCCCUCCGCAACCACUUGAGCCACCGGCCAACACUGAUCACCGAAGCACUGGCAGCGCAGUAGGCUCCCCGCAUCUAAGUGGUAUCGGUUGGGCAUCACCUUCACAUGCCAAUUUACCCAGCCCGAGCCCAAUUGAUGCAUACUCGUACCCUGACCCGACUUAUGGCGGAGCUCCUCUAUACUACCCAGGCAGCAAUAUCCGACGUCCACAGAGCACCGAACCCGAUCAGUACGAAACGAAGUCUCGCCACCACCACAACAGUUUGAACAACUUGCCAGUGGGUGCUGAAUGGAGCAGCAUGCCCAUGAGUAUGCAGCAGAUGCACCCGAUGAACUAG